AUGUCCAAAGACUCUUUGGCUUUGCGCGCUCAGGAACUGAUAGAGGAAGGUGACGAGAUUUUCUCGUCAUUGAGUUCAUGGGAAACCGCUUGGGCUGAUCGGCAGAUGUUCCUGGAAUCUCGCGGCUACAUGCUGCGCCCAAGAUACCGUUCUGGCUGGAUCCCGUCGUGGAAGGGCACAGGAAAGCAUCCAAUGUUCUUUGAGGAUUCGGUUAUUCUUCCUCUCCGGGAGCAUCUCAUCGAUGCUACUAGAAUGUCUGACGGAAUGCUUGUAUACAUCAAAAGAGUGAGGACGGGAGAUACCGAAUCGCGCAUAGCCACCAUGCUCUCUAGUCCUCCAUUGAGUGAGGACCCGGAGAACCACUCCGUCCCCAUCUUGGAGCUGUUUCAGGACGCGGAUGAUGAGAGCAUAUCAUAUAUGGUUAUGCCCUUCUUGCGCCUCAUCGACGAACCUCCCUUCGCGCUUAUCGAAGAGAUCAUGGAAUUUGUGGACCAAAUUUUAGUGGGUCUAGCGUUCCUUCACAAACAUGGCGUGGCACAUCGCAGGGAUUGCGAGUACAAGAACUUGAUGAUGGAUGCGCACGCAAUGUAUCCGCAAGGACAUCAUCCUGUCGCUACAAUGUGCCUGCCAGAUGGCAUGACGAAAGCUUCUUAUCGUUCUCGAGCAGACGCAGGCGUCAAAUACUAUUUCGUCGAUUUCGGUAUCUCGGUACACUUUCCUCCGGACGUGCGACCCAAGCUCGUGGUCGGGACCGAUGGACGAGAUCAAGAAGUGCCCGAAUUAUCCAUGAGAACUCCUUACGAUCCUUUCAAAGUUGACAUGUUCAUCAUCGGAAACGUUUUUCGACAUGAGCUCCACGACAAAUUCUCUAACGUCGAAUUCCUUGUUCCCAUGAUAGAAUCUAUGACACAGCGCGACCCAUCCUGCAGGCCCAGUGCGGUGGAGGCUUUGACUCAAUGGCGGAAUAUUCGAGGCACAAUCUCGAGCGUUCAAUUGAGGUGGAGGCCGAGGCCGCGCGAGGAAGAGCCGGUGUUGACGGCAUUUUAUGAAGCUGUAUCGUUAGUAAGCACUGCAGCGCACUUCGGUAAAGAGCUGUAUAAGUGGGCUGCAGGUUCUCAGGGUUAG